UGCAGCGUGUUUUGAUUCACUCAACCGAACACAUAACCUGAAUCUGACGUUCAACUUCGUUUUACUCGAAAUCGUGUUUCCGUGCCACAGAUACCUCCUCUGCUACCGCGUAGUUCUUACUUCGUCGACCCUCAGUGUUAUUCUUUGUGUAGUUGCUUGUGCCGCCUAUGUACGGUUUGAACCGCCUGUGAGUGCUUUGUUGUCACCACGCGAAACAGCCACCCGAGGAAGAGCAACGUUGGAUCAAUCGUUCUACUGAGCUGUUAACAUAAGCAACAGUUGUGCACCCGAAUCAUAGCUCCAGUUCUUCCGUUUUCCGACCUAUUAUACUUGAACGGGACAUACUUUAUUAAUUGUACCCCUCUUCUUUUCUGUCCCAAUUUAGAUGGAACUCCAGUGUGACAUUUGUUUUGCCAAUUUUGACCUGGUGUCCCAUCGACCUAAGUGCUUGCCUUGCGGUCACACCAUCUGUAAAGAGUGCGUCCUAAAUCCUGAUCUGGGGAGGACGUGCCCCACCUGUAGAAAGGACUUUGCGGUGGAACCUGACGACCUCCCCGAUAACAACAUCGUCAUCCGAUUGAUCGAGAACGAUGGCGAACCACCCCGCAAGAGGUCUAGAAAAGAAGAUCCAGAGGUGCAGCAGCUGCAGCGGGGCGUGGACGCGGGCAGGAAGGUGGUGGAGGCGCUGCGGCUGGCGGUCCCCAAGGCCAUGGAGGCCGUGGAGGCGCUGAACCGCCAGCUCGACACGUCAGCCGCCCAGCUGCUCCAACUGGAGCAGGCCCUGGAGCAGCAGGUGCAGCGGAAGGCAGGCGGCGAUGAGUGCCCCACGCCGGAGCAGCUGCAGGUGGCGGUGCAGAUGGAGGACAGCCUCAGCGUACUCACCUCGAACGAGUGCAGCAUCGUCACAGAGGAGGGCGACGGCUCCACCAGGAAGGCUGCUGUUCAGCUCAGCGACGGCUUCGGCGACGUCUUGCGGCUUUUGUUGCUGCAGCUGCAAAGAGAUGGCAAGCUAAUAAAGGCUGACGUCGUUGCUGUCCCUGUCCCACCUGCGGAGUACGUCGGUCCGCCUAUGUACCCAGCUCUCUCCAUUGUUCCUAAGGAUCUCGACAACGGUCACUUAAAGGUGGAUGACAUCCUGCGAGUCGGACAUAGGUGGACAAAUGUUCGCGCUAUCAGAGGCUUACAGGGCAUGGACUCGGACAAGCUGCUGCGGGUUUUGGCCCCUCACCUGCCGCACCUCGAAGAGCUCCAUAUAAAGGGUGAAGUUGUACCGGGGGUCAUGGAGGUGGUUGAGAAACUCUCUUCUUUGAAACGACUACACGUGCAGUUUGACUACGACUCAGAGUACCCAGACCUGCCGCUUCAGCUCGAGGAGCUAUCCAUAAGGAAUGUAAAUGAUGAUCAGCUGGAACAUGUGAUGAGCAUGCCCAAUCUGCGCAGUCUGUAUGUAAGAUCUUACGAGGGUCCAAGUUUGACCUUCCCCCCCUCUAAGUACGGGAAGCUGCUGUGGCUGCGCGUCGCCUUUGAUUCAACCAACAAGUCAACCAUGAUGUCCCUCGUCCGUGCCUUCGCAUCGUCUCUGCAGACGCUCCAGCUUUACUGUCCUGUCAACGACAAGACGAAAUAUAAUCCAGACUACUACCAUUCAGAUCUGGGUGAGAUUCUGGCGUCGUGCGAUCUGCAGGCCCUCAGGCGGCUCGUCCUUGAACGUCCAUUCAAAGAUAUUCCGUGCUCAGAGAUGGCUGCCUGCUUGCUGCAACAACGGACCAUUCGGAGCUACUUUCCCUCGUCUGUGGAAGUGGUUUGCGGCUCGUGUCAUACACACCCUGUCCUGUCCUAGCGUUGAAGCCUCGGUUGAAGCCACGAUGUAAGCCGAAGCCUCUGUCCUCCCACCACCACCACCACAUCAUGACGGCGGAGACGUCGAGUGGUUUCAAGGAUCGAGAGAGCGAAGCCGGAGCGCGCUCGUUUGCACCCCUAAAUUUGAUAAAUACGGAUACGUAAAAAUGUUUUAUUAAUAAUUUAAAGCGUAUCUGUGGUUAAUGUUACGUUGUCAUUAUCAAACAAAGAUUAUUAAAACUUUCCCGAUUCAUUUCUA